AAAGCAAACACCACAACAGAAAAAUUUAUUGUAAUUCUCGAUAAAAAUGUUAGGGACAACCAUUUUAAUAUAUUGAGCACAUGCUUAGGAAGAAAAAUUAAAAAUUUUGAUCCUUUCGCCAUUUCUCAAGAAGAAUCCAAUAAAGAUGAGAAUAAAAUACUAGCCUUUUAUUUUGAUAGUUUUACGGUAUAUUUUGGUAACUUUGAUCCUGAUUUUGCCAUGAAUGAGUUGAAGGGGGUCGAAGGUGUUCAACACGUAGAAAAAUCUUUUAAAGUUGUCUUGAAUAGUUGUAUAAUUACACCCACACUUAAGAAAGCCAAUAUUACUCAGAGCAAAACAUCUUUAUAUAAUUUGGAUCAUAUCGAUACUGCUAAUAGGAAAUAUGAUGGAUUUUAUACAUAUCUAACUAAUGCUUGA